AUGCCGUCUGAGAUGAGGUCCUGCUGCGCCUGGGCAGAGAUGGAACCCCCGGCGUCUUUGCGGGGCAUGAUAGUUGGAGGAGAAAAUGUCGCUGUGACGGUGACAUUUGUGAAGAUUCUUUCGACCAAUCUACAACAACAGAAAAAGCUAUUAUUUCUCACAACGACCCUUCCAGCUACAAGCCAACCAACCCAAAAUCAUCUCCACCGAACCGCGAUAGAGAGUAUUUCCAGAGAUGCAGUUGAGGUCCGUGAAUUCCAGGGCAUGUGCCGUUCCCUACUCGUAUCUAGGAAUUCGAAGAAAACCGAGUACUUGGCAGUCUAUUGUCAUUGGUCAAUAUAUUCCCAGAGAAAAAAAACACUUCAGCGCCUUGCCAUCGAUCCGUCUUUGCCGCUCGUCCUCGUUGGGACGCUGUGCGAUACGCUCUAUUUGCGGGCGCGCCUGCUCAACGAAUGCAGGCGGGAGUCUGGCAAACAUCCAGUCCAAAAGCGGGUCCGUCCACCGCGCAUCCACCUCCUCCUCGGCCAAUUCGGCCCGGAGUGCAUAUAUUACCAGCUCGGGGAAGCGCAACAGCUCUAUUUCGCACCAGGGAGAGACAGGAAAAGCGGUGUAACGGGCCCAACGAAGAAGGCUGGGGAUCAAGGGCUGCAUGCUAUGUGGUGA